AUGGCCACCACGGGCCUGCAGGUGCUGGGCGUGCUCCUGGCGGUGCUGGGCUGGGUGGGCGAGGCGCUGGUGACGGCCGCCCCGUUCUGGCGCGUGUCGGCGUUCGUGGGCGGCGAGCUGGUGGUGGCGGAGGCCCAGUGGGAGGGCCUGUGGAUGAGCUGCCUGGUGCGCCCGGGCUCGGGCCACACCCAGUGCAAGAGCUUCGACUCGGGCCUGGCGCUGCCCGCGGGCACCCAGCUCCGCCGCGGCCUGGCGCUCCUCGCCCUGCUGAUGGGCGUGCUCGCGCUCGGGCUCUCCGUGCUGGGCAUGAAGUGCACCCGUUGCCUGGGCGACGACGGCGGGCAGGUGGACAUCGGCGUGCGGGAGAGCAAGGCGCGUUUGGCGCGGGCGGGCGGGGCGCUGUUCGCGGCGGCCGCCGCGGUCUUCCUGGUGCCCGUGUGCUGGACGGCGUACGCGGUGGUGCGGGACUUCUACGACCCGGCCGUGGCGCCGCCGCUCAAGCGGGAGCUGGGGCCCGCCCUCUACCUGGGCUGGGGCGUGGCCUUGCUCAUGCUGGUGGGAGGGGCUCUGAUCAACGCCGGCUCGGCUCCGCCCACCGGAGGAGGAGCAGGAGGAAGGGGUGGGACUUCGGGAGGAGUGGCAGCUGCCGGAGCCUACGGGGGAGGCAAGAGCAACCCGCAGCCCACGCCCCCCGAGGGGAAGAAGGAGAAGGCGUACGUCUGA